UGGUUGCGAGCAGACCCUCCUCGGCGCUGGCUGCGCUGGGCGCCGCUGCCCGCACACCCGCCGCCGGCCGGGCCGAGCCGAGCCGGGCGCCCCCCUGCCCGCCGCCCCUCCCGCGCCGCUCCCCGCCUGGCCGGCCCGGCGCGCCUGACGUGGACCAUUAAACUUGGAGCUGCCGCCUCGGCCCCUCUCUCCUCCGCCUCCCUCUGACAGCCGGGCGAGCGGGAGGCUCGGUGCAGGCAGGAGACGCGCCGCCGGGGCUGGGCUGCCCGGGGGGGAGAUGAGUCCUCGCCGGGAGGGCGCCUCUGGGAAGAAGACCGCGGGCGAAGCAAAGUUGCAGGGCAGCUGAGGAGCUCGGCCGCAGCCCUUCCAGCCCCGCUCACCCCAGGCUAUGGAGGGCCGACUCUAAAAUGAAUCCCGAUCUGGACACCGGCCACAACACAUCAGCACCUGCCCACUGGGGAGAGUUGAAAAAUGCCAACUUCACUGGCCCCAACCAGACCUCGAGCAACUCCACACUGCCCCAGCUGGACAUCACCAGGGCCAUCUCCGUGGGCCUGGUGCUGGGCGCCUUCAUCCUCUUUGCCAUCGUGGGCAACAUCGUGGUCAUCCUGUCGGUGGCCUGCAACCGUCACCUGCGGACGCCCACCAACUACUUCAUCGUCAACCUGGCCAUUGCCGACCUGCUGCUGAGUUUCACCGUGCUGCCCUUCUCGGCCGCCCUGGAAGUGCUCGGCUACUGGGUGCUGGGACGGGUCUUCUGUGACAUCUGGGCCGCUGUGGACGUCCUGUGCUGCACGGCCUCCAUUCUGAGCCUGUGCGCCAUCUCUAUCGAUCGCUACAUUGGGGUGCGCUACUCUCUGCAGUACCCCACGCUGGUCACCCGGAGGAAGGCCAUCUUGGCGCUCCUCAGCGUCUGGGUCUUGUCCACAGUCAUCUCCAUCGGGCCUCUCCUUGGGUGGAAGGAGCCCGCGCCCAAUGAUGACAAAGAAUGUGGGGUCACUGAAGAACCUUUCUACGCCCUCUUCUCCUCCCUGGGCUCCUUCUACAUCCCUCUGGCAGUCAUUCUGGUCAUGUACUGUCGCGUGUACAUCGUUGCCAAGAGGACCACCAAGAACCUGGAGGCCGGAGUCAUGAAGGAGAUGUCCAACUCCAAGGAGCUGACCCUGAGGAUCCACUCCAAGAACUUUCAUGAGGACACCCUCAGCAGUACCAAGGCCAAGGGCCACAACCCCAGGAGUUCCAUAGCUGUCAAACUUUUUAAGUUCUCCAGGGAAAAGAAAGCAGCCAAGACCUUGGGCAUUGUGGUCGGUAUGUUCAUCUUGUGCUGGCUACCCUUCUUCAUCGCUCUGCCGCUUGGCUCCCUGUUCUCCACCCUGAAGCCCCCCGACGCCGUGUUCAAGGUGGUGUUCUGGCUGGGCUACUUCAACAGCUGCCUCAACCCCAUCAUCUACCCGUGCUCCAGCAAGGAGUUCAAGCGCGCCUUCGUGCGCAUCCUCGGGUGCCAGUGCCGCGGCCGCCGCCGCCGCCGCCGCCGCCGUCGCCUGGGCGGCUGCGCCUACACCUACCGGCCGUGGACGCGCGGCGGCUCGCUGGAGCGCUCGCAGUCGCGCAAGGACUCGCUGGACGACAGCGGCAGCUGCCUGAGCGGCAGCCAGCGGACCCUGCCCUCGGCCUCGCCGAGCCCGGGCUACCUGGGCCGCGGCGCGCCGCCGCCCGUCGAGCUGUGCGCCUUCCCCGAGUGGAAGGCGCCCGGCGCGCUCCUGAGCCUGCCGGCGCCUGAGCCCCCCGGCCGCCGCGGCCGCCACGAUUCGGGCCCGCUCUUCACCUUCAAGCUCCUAUCGGAGCCCGAGAGCCCCGGGACCGACGGCGGCGCCAGCAACGGCGGCUGCGAGGCGGCGACCGACGUGGCUAACGGGCAGCCGGGCUUCAAAACCAACAUGCCCCUGGCGCCCGGGCAGUUCUAGAGCCCCCGGGGGGGUUGGUGGGGAGGAAACCAUCGUGGGGGGAG